AUAUAACAUGGAAGAUUUUUCACAUACUAAAAACGUAGAGCAGCUUGUACCAACUCCGGCCAACUCCGCCGUCCUAAACAACAACCAGAUGGCGAGCUAUGCGAAAGAGACAUUUGAAUUUAUGAAGCUUGCUUUAGAACAGGCAAAUGAUGCAUUAGCCAAUCUUGAAGUUCCAGUUGGCUGCGUCUUUGUUGAGGAUGGGGAAGUCAUUGCCUCAGGAAGAAAUCGAACAACUGAAACAAGAAAUGCUACAAGACAUGCAGAGAUGGAAGCAAUUGAUUUUCUAGUUCAACAGUGGCAGAAAAAUGGACUUUCACCUCUUGAAGUUUCUGAAAGAUUCUCAAAGUGCAUUCUGUAUGUCACCUGUGAGCCAUGUAUAAUGUGCGCAGCAGCCUUGUCAUAUCUUGGAAUAAAGGAGGCAUAUUAUGGAUGUGCAAAUGAUAAAUUUGGAGGCUGUGGAUCUGUACUAUCACUGCAUACCAGCAGCUCUAAUCUUCCAACUAGUUCAAAACAUAACAGUGAAUUAGCCUCAUCAAAAAAGGGUUUCAAAUGCACUGGGGGAAUAAUGGCUUCUGAAGCAGUUUCUCUUCUUCGGAGCUUCUAUGAGCAAGGAAAUCCAAAUGCACCAAAGCCUCACAGACCUCUAAAGCAGCAAGUAUAGAAGUACCAAGUGUCCGUAUUCCUUCAACUUCUGGUACAAUUUGUUGGUUUUCAUCCAAUAUUGGUACAGUUUUACAUUAUUGAUUAUUUAUAAAAUUAGUUUAACUUUACUUGAUUAUCGAUUGCUUUAAUAGGAAGGGCUAUACGGUUAAGUAAAGGGGGAAGUGUAAACAUAUUGAUAUUUGAGACCACCAUUUAUGUCAUAGCUUAAUUUUAUAAAUUUUUUUAAGUUUAGUCAUUCCAUACGACAAGGCAUGGAAGACUGAAGUUGUAAAAAGAUUGUAACUAAAUUUGGCAUAUUGAUGUGCAAGCAAACUUUUGAUUA